GGGGCCAAGUCUUGGUGCCUAAGGGAGGUCGCAAACUUUUAUCCCCAACCCGCUUGCCACCUGCUAACUGGGGACGGUCUUUACCAGUUUAAAUGGCGGGAAAGAAAUCAAAAGAUUCGGGGGCGCUUGGAAAUUAUAAGAGAUUCGAAUUUCGGUGUCCACGGAGUUUUGCUACAACGAAGCCACGCUCGUUUGCUUAUGUGACUAACGCCGGUGGCCGCUUUCUCUGCAGCGACAGCAGAGCUGAGCGGCUGCCCUCAAAGCCUAAUAAAAUCAUGGACUUACCUGGCAUUUCACUGAGGUAGGCCGACCCCUGGCCUAGCCCAUGGACUCUCCAAGGGGAGGCAAGGGCCGGAGCAAACAAGAAAUGCAGCAUGCAUUCAGUUUCAGGAAAUUUCAGGAAGACUUGAUUUUCAAAGCUAAUUAUGAAAACAUUUGUCAUUGGAAUCAGUGGUGUGACAAAUGGCGGGAAGACAACACUGGCUAAGAAUUUGCAGAAACACCUCCCAAACUGCAGUGUCAUAUCUCAGGAUGAUUUCUUUAAGCCAGAGUCUGAGAUAGCGAAAGAUACAAAUGGAUUUCUGCAGUAUGACGUCUCACCUGGAGCAAACCUUAAGGUCAUCCAAUGGGCUCACCUUCCCAGUGACCGCGGUGGACUAGACAGCUGUUUUCUUCUUUCCACUGCUCAUAAAGUGCUUGAAGCGCUUAAUAUGGAUGAAAUGAUGUCCACCAUUUCCUGCUGGAUGGAAAACCCAUCAACAGACUCUGGAAGCACCGAAGAAAUUCCCAUAUUAAUCAUCGAAGGCUUCCUUCUCUUUAAUUAUAAGCCUCUAGACACUCUAUGGAACAGAAGCUAUUUUCUGACGAUUCCAUAUGAAGAAUGUAAGAGGAGGAGGAGUAAAAGGGUCUACAAGCCUCCAGAUGCCUCAGGGUACUUUGAUGGCCACGUGUGGCCCAUGUAUCUAAAGCACAGACAAGAAAUGGAGAACAUCACCCGGGACAUUGUUUACCUAGAUGGAACAAAAUCCGAAGAGGAACUCUUUACACAAGUGUAUGAAGAUCUAAUACAAGAACUAGCAAAGCAAAAGUGUUUGCAAGUAACAACAUAAAGAUGGAGUGCACUGAGUCCUUCCUCAGAUGAAUUAGGAAACUCUAAGGAGUAUGUUUGAGGAUCUUAACCAAGAUACAAUAUGUACUUUGGUAUGAUAACAGUUGUUGGUUCCUUUGUUUGUGUUAUCACACAUGGUUUCCCUGACAUGUGGAACAGUAAGUGGUUAUCCACACCACUGGACAGGAAUUUACCUUAAUGACUUGUUUUCCCUCCACAGAGUAGAGAAAUAGCAUAACUCACAAAUGAGUCAAUUUCUCUAGACCAAUGAUUGUCAAACUUUUCUGAAUGGGACCCAGAGUACAAAAUAAUAUUUACAUCACAAUCCAGUAUAUAUGUAAUCUAUUGUGCUUGUCUAUGUGUGUUUACGUAGGUAUGUGUAUGUAUGUGAUGUGUGUGUAUAUAUACACACCCCUCAUAUAUCAUAAAGCAUUUGCCUUAGAUUCAAUGCACACUGAUAUUUUUCUAUUUUUAGAUUUUCUAUAAUAUUCAUUACCAUCCAAUACCAAUGCCUAUUUCCUGCAAAUAAAGCCUUUGGCAGGAGUAGCAGUCA